UGCGACAGUAGGCUUCAAAGCAAGGGGCAAGAUGGCGUCGGGAAGUGGGUCUAAAAAUACGGAUUUCCGUCGAAAGUGGGACAAAGAUGAAUAUGAGAAACUUGCCCAGCAACGAAUCACUGAAGAGCGAGAAAAGAAAGAUGGAAAACCACUUCAGCCUCCCGUUAAGAGAGAAUUACUCAGGCAUAGAGACUACAAAGUCGACCUGGAGUCUAAGCUGGGGAAAACCAUUGUUAUUACAAAGACCACUCCACAAUCUGAGAUGGGCGGUUAUUACUGCAAUGUCUGUGACUGUGUAGUGAAGGAUUCAAUCAACUUCUUGGACCAUAUCAAUGGCAAAAAACAUCAACGGAACUUGGGGAUGUCCAUGAGAGUAGAGCGUUCCACACUUGAUCAAGUUAAAAAACGAUUUGAAGUAAACAAGAAAAAAAUGGAGGAAAAACAAAAAGACUAUGACUUUGAGGAGCGAAUGAAGGAACUGCGGGAAGAGGAAGAAAAAGCACGAGCCUAUAAGAAAGAAAAGCAGCGGGAGAAGAAGAGGAAGGCAGAGGAAGACCUUGGCUUUGAAGAAGAUGAUGAAAUGGCCGCUGUUAUGGGUUUCUCAGGGUUUGGUUCCUCUAAAAAGGGCCACUGAUAAAACUUGAAAGCAGCAGUCUGAUAUUACCAAGCAGAUAGUGUUUUUUCCCAUAUAGAUAUGUCUUUUUAUAUUGAACCAGAGCAUUUUAAAAAUGAGUUAUUUGUUAUGCCUCCAGUGGCAUUAGCUCAAAGCUGAAGAGUGUGGAAGAAUUCAGCAAUUUCAUACACUCUUGCACUGACCAAAACUGUGAUUCCAUAAUGUACAAACCUUUGUUUGCUUUGUAGCCAGCCAAGUACCUUAAGAUUUAGUCAGCCGAUAAUCCCACAGCUAAAGAGCUGUAUUAUUGAGAGUAACUACACCGUGCCAACAUUCACAAAAAGAGCCU